CACAGACACAACCAAAACAAAGAACAGCGGAGAGCGCGCAUUUAUCCACAACCAGAAGUCAAACUAAUGAGAGCCCUCACUUCUCUGCUUUUGAAGUUUUAAUUUAAAGUAGUGAGGAAACUUGAAGAGCAGCCGGAAUAGCGGUCACCGACGGAAUCAUUGCGAAGUACUUGCUGUGCGAAUUCGAUCUUGCGAGGAUUCCGAACGUGCGACAGAUAUGGACAGCAGCUGGGUUUAUCGGGCCGAAUAUUCCCUCAGUGAUCGAUCGUCCUGCAAAGGCUGCAAAAAUGGGAUUGGGAAGGAUGUCGUGCGACUGUGUAUCAUGGUGCAGUCUGGCUUCCACGAUGGUAAAGAUGCGCACUGGCACCAUCCACACUGCUUUUUCAAGAAGAAGCCCAGUGUAAAUGUGGAUGAAAUCUGGCAUUUCCAUGAUCUUCGUUGGGACGACCAACAGCGUAUUCGACGACUAGCGGCGGGAAAAAGCGCAAAAAUUGAGGAAGAGGAUGAAGAUUCAGAUGACGAACCGAAGCCAAUCAAAAAUGGGGAAGGCAAACGGGGAAAAAGUUCCGCGGGGAAAGCUUCUGCACAAAAGAAACGGAAAACAGAGAGCAGUGUGGUCGAUGCAGAUUGGAAGAAGCAGAUUGACAUGAUUUGGGAAUGUAAAGAUGCGAUUGCAAAGAUGUCUAGCAAAGAUCUGAAGGCUCUGUUGGAGGAGAACGACCAACAUGUGCCUGUGACAUCCAAGGUGGCUGAUAGAGUGGUAGAUAUGUUGCUGUUUGGAGCUACUGCGAAAUGUCAACAGUGCUCGUCUGAUCGUGGCCACAUUGUAGUAAGUGCCGACGCUUACUAUUGUAUUGGCCAAGUGAGCGAUUGGGCCAAAUGCGACUAUAAAACGCAGAAGCCGGCGCGGAAUAAUGUGACGAUUCCUGAGAAACUUCUGGAGAAAUACGAGUUUCUGAGCAACUACUUGCCGCCUAAGUCGCGUUACCGAAUGUUUCCUAAAUGCUUUGCUAUGACGAUUGCCAAUGGCGAGGGAAGUGGGGCGAGUGCAUCUGCCAGAUCCGGCUCAACUGUAGUGGAUGGUCCUUCCACGUCUAAAUCACCAUACUCAAACGGUUCUGGAAAAAAAGUUGCUCCAGCGCCAAAAGUAAAAAAACUGAAUGUGAAACAGCCGCUUAAGGGCAUGAAGGUUGGAGCAGUCGGCAAGCUAUCUAUGACAAGAGCUGCGAUUCAAAAGACGGUGACGGAUUUGGGUGGAACGUUUGUGGCCAAGGCAUCUGGGGAUACUUUAGUCGUUAUUUCCGACAGUAACGCUAUCGCAAGCCGACCUGUCAUGUUGGAAAUGGCGGAAGUGUGCCAUGUUCAUGUAGUUCCCGUUGAAUUCUUGGACGAAUGCUCAUCUGAAAGACUACAUACGGAAGACGAAUUGGCUGCCCUUAUUGAAAGGGUUAAGAUUAAUCCAUGGAAGGCUAGCAACCCAUUAGUACGUAUUCACGCGAAAGAAGCUGGGGCUGAACCACUCCCCAGUGGCCUUUCAAGCACCGAAAUGCAUCGACUGCAGGAAGAGAAAAAAACUGCGAUGAUGUACGCACUGGAUGAUAAUAAGAUGAAAGUAAUCGUUAAGAACGGCGGUGCAGUCGAUCCACAGAGUGGCCUGGAUGAGGACACUCACAGCGUUCUCAAAGAAAAUGGGACAGUGUACGCAUGUGUUUUGGCCAAGGCCGAUGUUCAAAUGGGAUCGAAUUCAUUCUAUAAGAUGCAGAUUAUACAGCGUGAUAAUAAACCUGUCUACCAUUUUUUCCGGUCCUGGGGAAGGAUUGGCACAACAAUUGGGGGAGAUAUUAUCUUGGAGACAGAUAAGGAUGACGCUGUUGAACAGUUCGAGUUCCAUUUUAAGGACAAAACUGGCAAUGAGUGGGCAGAUAAACAGAAUUUUCAAAAAAAGCCGGGAAAAUACUUUGUAAUGGAUCUUGAUUUUGGAGAGGACGAAACAGUCGAAGAAUACGCAGUCGCACCAGGGAGCAAAACAAAGUUGGCCGGACCUAUACAAGAACUGAUUAAAAUGAUCUUCGAUGUUGAAGAAAUGAAGAAAACAAUGAAAGCGUUUGAGAUUGACCUGAAAAAAAUGCCGUUGGGAAAGUUGUCGCGACGGCAGAUUACAGAUGCCAUGAAGGUGUUGAAUGACCUGCAGUCACUGAUUCAAGCUGGCGAGCGUCUUAAUUCGCCUAAAUAUAUUGAUGGAUCCAACAGAUUUUUCACUUUUAUUCCCCACGUAUUUUCCGCUGGCGGCGCAACUGUGCUAAAUAAAACAGAGGACAUUAAGGCUAAACUGGACAUGCUGGACAAUCUUCUGGAAAUUGAAGUGGCAUUUAGCAUUCUGCGCAGUGGUAAUCGUGGCUCUGAUCAAGAUCCACUGGACCAGCACUAUGAGAAGCUGAAAUGUGACUUGGAAGUGGUGAAGAAGAAGAGUUGGGAUUACGAAAUGGUGCAGCGAUACAUCCGCAAUACACAUGCUGCGACUCAUUCCACUUAUAAACUGGAACUGCUGGACGUAUUCAAGGUGCGGCGAUCAGGGGAAAGCGCUCGCUUUGCUGAAUUCCAGGAGCUAAACAACCAUAAGCUCUUAUGGCACGGUAGCCGCACUACAAAUUUUGCUGGGAUCUUGUCGCAAGGGUUGAGAAUUGCUCCACCAGAAGCUCCUGUGACCGGGUAUAUGUUCGGAAAAGGGGUUUAUUUCGCUGACAUGGUAUCAAAGAGUGCCAAUUACUGCUUCACUUCCCAAGAAAAUAACGUGGGAUUGUUGCUCCUGUCCGAUGUGGCAUUGGGCAAAAUGAAACCUUUGAACGACGCCGAAUGCAUUACCCGUCUGUCACCGGAAUUUCAGAGCGUCAAGGGAUGUGGUGCAACUUAUCCCAAUCCGGAGCAGAGUGAAUAUAUUCAUUCCUUCACUGAAACUCCUGAAGCGUUUGACCUUGUUCCAGCAGAAUCAGGCGCAGUGCAAGCCGGUAACGGUCAGCAGUAA